AUGUCGUCCAGCCAACGCCUCACUGUCGUCCCCUCGCGCAUGGCGCUGCAGCAGGUCAAGUCCAAGCUCGCCGGCGCGAAGAAGGGGCACUCCAUGCUCAAGAAGAAGUCCGACGCGCUGCUUGUCCGCUUCCGCUCCAUUCUCGCUGACAUCCUCGCCAAGAAAGAGGGCGCCGGCGAGGAGAGCAAGGAAGCCAUGCUCGCGCUCGCGCUCGCCAAGUAUGCAUACGGCGAUAACCUCAAGCAUAUCGUCAUUGAGAACGUCGAUGACGCUACCCUGCGCGUCAGAAUGACUCCGGACAACGUCGCGGGCGUGAGCAUCCCCAAUUUCGCUAAGAUGGGCAUCGACGUGGACGACGACGCGCCGCCGUCAGUUGCUGGGGCAGCCUCGAAGGAUGUCGCGGGUAACGGGAAAGGUGCGGUGUCGCUCGCGGGGCUGUCCAAGGGUGGACAGCAGAUCCAGGAUGCGCGCAAGUCCUUUUCGGAGACGCUUGACUUGCUUGUUUCGCUCGCUUCGUUGCAGACUUCCUUCAUUAUUUUGGAUGAGGCUAUCAAGCUCACCAACCGCCGCGUCAACGCCCUGGAAAACGUCGUCAAGCCCAAGCUGGAAAAUACCAUCUCCUACGUCAUAUCCGAGUUGGAUGAGAUGGAGAGGGAGGAGUUCUUUAGACUCAAACUGAUCCAGAACAAGAAAGACAAGGAGAAAUUGGAAGCAGAGGGCAAGGCGCUUGAGGAGAAGCGGAAACAGGCCCUCGUUGGCUUUGAUCAGGCCUCGUUUUCAGCCACCGCUAAUGGCACAGCCCCGUCCAUUAUCGACGCUCACACAGGCGGGGCAGAUCCGGACCUGCUGUUUUAG